UCUGUCUCCCCUCCCACUCCUCUUCUAAGGGCUACCCACUUUCUCAUCUCAAUUCAGAGCUGGGGGUUUGGGAAAUGAAAUGACCCUUUUAUCUGUCUCUUUCUGUAUCUCUUCCCUUGUUAUACUUCUCCUUCCAAAAUCCCACCUCUAAUCUCUCUCUCUCUUCUCUCUAUUCUCUCUCAGCUCCCCUGAGUCUUUGUGUGUGUCACUUGAAAUUGUGUAAGAUAUAGUCGAUGACAGCUCCGAACAUGGCGACGAUCGCUGCAUCUCUGGAGCGGUCUCUGCAAAACUGUUCCUUAAACCACCGCCAGACCACCAUCGCCGGCGGUGGCGGUAACGGUAGCCGUAGCAGUCAAGGGUCGAGUCAUGUUGGGAUGCGAAGGUCGUCGUCAACCUCAUCAACCUCAGACGAUGCGCAGCAGAAUCAAUUCAUGCCCGACAACAACAAUGAGGACACGGCUCUGGAGCUCAACUCCCAUGUCUCGCUUCCCUACCAUUGGGAACAAUGCCUCGAUUUAAAGACGGGUGAGAUUUACUACAUAAAUUGGAGGAACGGAAUGAAAGCGAAAGAAGAUCCUAGAACAGCAGCACAAUACAGCGGAGACUGUUACUACUCGGAUGAUGAUGAUAAUAGCUCCUAUGAUAGCGAAGAGUCUUCGACUGAGUCGUCUCCAUCUUCUUCAAGAGAGAGAGAGCCCUAUAAUAAUCAGCAGCAGAAGGAAUCAGAUCAGAAUAAUAAGCAGGACCAUGUUCUGGUUGUGGCUGGCUGCAAAUCGUGUCUCAUGUAUUACAUGGUCCCCAAACAGCACGAGGAUUGCCCCAAAUGCAGUGGCCAGCUUCUCCACUUCGAUCGAUCCGAAAGCGGCUCACCAUGAUCAAUUACAUCCGUUCCCCUCUAGCCAUCUAUCGUUUUGUUUAGACCGAAAUGUGAGAGACAAAUCUGUUAGUGUGGUGGUUGUUAUUGUUGUUGUUCAUUUUUUCUGGGCCUAGCUAGCUAGCUAGCUUGUUUUGUCAAUUUGGGUUACGUUUGUUUUGGGAAGAAGCCAUGGGAGAGGCAAGAGAUGAGUCCUACACAGUGCCAGCAGCAGCAGGAGGAAGGAGAAGGAGAAGGAGAAGGAGAAGAGCAAGGUCAAUGGGAUUGGUAGAAGUAGAGAAAUUAUUUGGUAAUGAUUGCGACGUGUAGGUUUCUUCUCUUUUGUUCCAUGAUCUUUCUCCUUAAUUUAUUUUAACAUUUUUCUUUCUAAAUAUUGAACUAUAUUUUUAUUCCUUAUUAUAUAUUA